AUUUGAACAGUUGAACAAGUACGAACGGAGCCCCCCUCUCUCUGUGUACCACAUUUUCUGCUAACUAUUAAUUAGACAAUUAAAUUAUUGAGCUAUAAACGAUUCCCUAUCAACAUGGAGUGAAGCUCUUGCAAAAUAUCUUUUUUUACUAAUCUGUCGACCAAACUCAUGUCGGAUUUUUAAUUAUCUUUGUCCCAGCGACGUCCCGACCAAUCACAGACGUCAAGAUCAUCUGUCAUCACAUGAAAACAAGUCGCACACGAGUUCCACAAAUUUGCGAAUCUAGAUAAAUUUAUCCAUCGGCUGGCAAUGUUUUGCAAUGGUAAAAACUCCACUGUCAGGGUCAAAAUUCAUUCGUUACCCUGGCAAAGCGAUUGUCCGUCACUCACACAGUUUUACCCGGUGAAAGUUCAGUGAUGCAUUAACAAUGGUCAAUCUAUUACGCCGCGUAAUAACAAAUGUUCUCCGCUGAUAUCUCGUAUUAUGUGAUGCAACGAGACCAGUCACACGUCAGUACUCAUUGGGGAAAGACGUGAAUUGUUAUUCCCAGAUGAAUGUCAUCGGUGUUGACUCAUUCGUCAGGAAAAUGUGAGGUCUGGUAGUGGUGAGGACAAAUUGUGGGGAGAAUAAUUUGCGUGUUGAAUCGAUAUAAUCGUGUGUGAUGAUUUAUAUUGAGUGUCAGUUUGGCUUAAUGACGUGUUAGAGAGGUUUUUUCAACGUUGCUAGAAGUUGAGAGGAUUUUUCUUUGUCAUGGCUAAGCAGAGCCCGGGGAAAAUGACUUUGGGGAUGAUGAAAGGUAAACCAAUUACCACAUCUGUCCCUGUAAUUCGUUACCACGCGAGUGAUGAUGAGCUGGAGGAACUCUAUCCCAGUACAGACGAUGACAAACCAGCCUCCGAGAAGACAACACCGAACUCCAGUCCCUUCAAGACUGCUAAAUUAAAAUCCGACAGUAAUAACGAUAGCAGUGAGGAUAUCUUAGAUAAACGUUCCUCCAGUCUCGAUUUUUCCGAAGGGACACCCCCGUCAGAUCCCUGGAAAAUGUUGUCAGACAUUCGUGGAAAAAUCACAAAGACCUUUGAGGAAAAGCUCUCGGAGAUAAAAAGUGAGAAAAAAGAUAAGGGAAAAGGGAGAAGCAGAGAAAAUUCCAGCGUCAGUGAUCCCGAAGAUUUGGGGGAUAUUACCCCCACUGAGGAUGCCGUUUCCGAUAAUCCAGUGGCAGAAUCCUCUCCGUGUGUAAAGAGACGAGGUCACUCCUCGAGAUUUCGAUUUUCUUCAAUAAAAACGGGAUUAAAAACGAACAACCGUGAGGACAGUGUUGAAAGUGGUGUUGAGGCAGCUGAAAUUGUAGAAAUCGACACAGUGACCUUCUCCGAGGCAUCGAGUGACCAAGCAACCACUCGAGUGGCCACGGCUAGAAUGGUGAAAGAACUGUCCCCAAGUAUCUGUGCAACGAAAUCCCAAAAUGAAAGUGUUAAAAAACCACACGUGAUUUUCAACGAAUUAAAGACGAGUAUAUUGUAUCGUGCUGUUCUACUACCACUUAUCCUCUUAACUUUUUACGUAAUCCCAUUGCCUCAGUACAUAAUGGGACUCUUAGCUGGUAUUUUCAUUGCUGUAUCUGUACAGAGGAUAAUUGCCAAAGUGGCUGAGGUACUGCAGAUGCCAGUGAAAAAAGAAAAUGAGAUUGAGUCACUAAUUUCUGUGCUGGAGAUUCCGGCAGUUGAGGAGCACGCCGUUGUCGAGAGGUUUGAGGGCUGGCUAAAUGAAUUACCCCGUGAUUACGAUCCUGAGAACUACCAUGUUGCGAGAACAAAUGCAGUUUACUUCAAGCUAGAGGGAGAAACUUUGAGAAUCAUGGAGACACGGACGAGGAUUCCCAAGAGGGCUGUCUGGAAUGAGACCCAGCCCACUGCGAGGUACACUAGGAAAAGGGUUUACUCGUUGGUAGGGGCGACUGUGGAAUUGCUGCCUGAGGGACUGACCAGGAGGCGAAGGUGGAGUAAAAAGUAUCCCAUUUGCAUCACAUUUUCACCUGCAGGGAUUGGGGAGAGUGUAGUGAUGGAGACACCGUCAGACGACGAAAUUCAAGAUUCUGAGAAGGAGAAGGAGAGGGUCAUUGUUGAAGAGGACGAGACUGACGAGGAUGUCUCGUUGUCGAAGGAUGCCAAGGACGUCUUCGAGGACUGCCAAGAUGAGGAGGACGAGGCUAGGUUCAAGGUCUUUGUUUUUGGGAGGACAGACAGGCAGAAGGAAGAUUGGUAUAGACGGCUGGUAUCGGUCGCUAAAGCAGCUAACAAGCGGAACUCAAUACCGUCCACCAAAGAGUUGACGAUAUCAUCGAGCUCUUCGUCGUUGUCGCAGACCAACGGGGAGGGGAAAAAUUUUACUUUGAACAAUAUAGAUGCCCCACCAGAACUGAAUUACAAUUCGUACAUGUCCAAAUAUACUGAUAUUCAGUCAACUCCAACGGAUUCCAAUAUAGCACCAAAAGACAACGAUAUUUUAUGGCUCAACGCCCUGUUCGGUCGUAUUUUAUUCGACAUGCACAAAUGCCCAGACAUGAUAAACGUGAUCCAGGAUAAAAUUCAGAGGAAGCUGUCGAACAUCAAACUACCAUACUUUAUGGAGAGUUUAAUGAUAUCAGAAUUAGUGAUAGGCCAAGGUGCGCCAUUUAUUCACAAAGCCAGUAAGCCGACUAUUGAUGCCCGUGGAUUAUGGAUUGACUUGGAUAUUUCGUAUGACUGCGGUGUGACGAUGACUGUCGAAACAAAGAUUAAUCUGAUGAAGCUUACAAAGGCGGGGUCUGUAUCCAAUAAUUCCAAUGACAGCGGAGGAAAUGAUAAGCCAACCCCUGCCCGGUCUCCCAUGUUCGAUAGUGAUGUGGAGGACAGUCCAGAAACGUCCACCGAGGAUGAGGAAAGCAUUCCAGUGCCAGCAGCUUCUAGGGAAUCAACACCAACACAGUCAUCCGGUCGAAAAUUUCUCAGCAUGGUUGAUAAAUUAGCGGCAAAUAAAUACUUUCAGCAUGCUGCUGAGUUGUCAUACGUUCGUCGGGCCAUGGAGGGUGUAUCUAACACCGAGAUCCGGUUGAUGGUCAGUGUGUCAAGCAUUGAAGGCUGUUUAUCCAUUAACAUUCCACCCCCACCGUCCGAUCGUUUGUGGUACGGUUUCAAACCAAUUCCAAAAAUUAAUUUAGAUGCGAGACCAGCAGUUGGUGAGCGCGCAGUCAAUAUUGGAUACGUAACUAAUUGGAUAAAGACGAAAUUACUGAAGGAAUUUGAUAAAGUGGUUGUACUUCCGAAUAUGGAUGAUCUUGUGAUACCAUUAUGCCCGAAUUUUCCAUACGUGCGUUGAUUGAUUUCCCGGGGUAAUUACGUGGGAGAUUGACAGAAUGAACAUGAAGCACAUUUUGACUUCGACACAUCAUUACAUUGAUAAAAUGAGCUAUUGCUGCGGACUCUUCAUUUUUGGCACAUUCCGUAUUUUGCUUUCAAACUUGUCCACUAAGUGGUUAUUCCACACUCUAAUUGCAUAAAUGGUUAAAUCAUCGACAUUAUUUUAUUAUAUUUUGUGAUCAGAAUGUGGGGAAAACCUUUUGCAAAUCGUUAUAUGUGUCAAAAAAUGAAGAGCUUCCAUUGUGUCGAUGUUAAAGUAAAUCAAAAAUCACUUUACGGAUUCGUUCCGAGACAGUAGCGAGAGGAAAUCAGUUUGAACUCAAUGGUAAGAUUAUUUUACAAGUAGAUUGACGAUUAAUAGGGUUCGAAUUUUUUUAUACGAUGCAGACGUCUCUCUCCACUGCAAAUUUAUGAACGGAUGAUUUGUGAGUGAAUUUUUAGAUCGUCUUCUCUUACUACUUGCCCUCUAUAUUGAUCUCAAUGCUCGUUAAUAGCCAAAAGCCGCGUAUGUUUUAUCACAGCAUAAUUCACCAUGCGUUUACGAAAUUCCUAAAGACUUAAACAUUUAUGGAGUUGAGUGGGGUAAGAUAUGCUCUAUGAAAUUUUUAUAGCCAAAAGAAAAUAUUUUAUGGCUGAGAGAAUGUGACCGGGAAUAAGACUCGAUUGGGUGGAGUACAUUCAAUCAAUUUGCUCAUGUUUAGAUUAUCGUUUGUAUUAAACGAAAAAAAUGAUAUUGAGAUAUAAUCACCUAUUUUUUUAUUUCACUUAGCUGUAAAUUACUUGAUUGUGACAACUGUUCAUUUCGGAUUUUUCUUUUCAUGUGAUAUUUUUUCUAACCGUUAUAGUUCCGUCGAACGUAUAAUCAUGUGUGUAGAUAUUGUGAUGAUCGGUGAUUUUAUUACCUAUUCAAUGAUAAACACAGAGUUUGCAACGAAUACUUAAGUGAAUAUUCGAUUUAUCAAAUUAACUUAUUUCGUAUUUUUUCUAUUUCAAAUAUUUUUAUCAGUCAGUUGAAUUAAGUUUUUACCUUAUUCGACCACUGUUCGCUUAGUUAGAAAUUAUAAUUCGUGAGUGAGCAGCAGCUUUAUGUAUUAAAUGUGAGAAGUGCGUAAAUUUUUUGCUGGACCAAAAUCAUUGCGUGGGGAUCAGUGAAGAAGCAAUAAACUAUAAAAGCCAAAGGAUUAUUAAAGCUUCAAUUCGGAAGCAAAAAUUAAAAAAGUAAUAUAUUAUAGUAGUGAGAAGUUAAUGGUGAUAAAUGACUUGGACGAUGUGACUCUUGAGUAUUUUCGCUGUUGUAUGAUGAUUAUGAGGAUGUGAAAUGCUAAUGUAAAAUAAGGCAAUUGCCCUUGUGAGCGAGAUAGCGUACCGGGCAAUUGUAAUUUCAAGACAAAGGUAGCUGUUUUCUACGUCAUUUCUCGCCUUCUUCAUGCGUGUUUUUCAUGUAUUUGUUAUAAGGAAAAAAAAACAAUAAAAUAUUAUAUAUAUUUGUUGAUGAA